AUGGUGCUGCCCUUCCAACACAUAAGAGGUUUCCCUGUCCUGAGUGCGGAAAACGUUUCAGUUUUAAAUCCCGUCUUAAUGCGCAUAAAAGAUCUCACACAGAUCCUGGCGCCCAGUGGCCUACUGGUAGCCAGUAGUCUGCUCCAAAAAUUGAUGGCUGAUCGUCAGCAUUCCCUGUUCCUGUGCGUCUGUGUCUUGCUUCAGACUGUGCGGGACGGUGCCGUCCUUCCAACACAGAAGCGGUUUCCCUGUCCUGAGUGCGGGAAGUGUUUCCAUUGGAAAUCUGGUCUUGAUGUUCAUAAAAGAUCUCACACAGGAGAGAAGCCGUAUUCCUGCCCUGAGUGCAAAAAAUGUUUUACCAUGCAGUCACAUCUAUCCAGACAUCAGAGAUCACACACGGGUGAGAAGCCGUUUUCCUGCCCCGAGUGCGGGAAAUGUUUUCCAGAUAAGUCCCAUCUUAACAGACAUCACAGAUUGCACACAGAGGAAAAGCCGUAUUCCUGUCCUGAGUGCGGAAAAUGUUUUCCAGAGAAGUCCAAUCUUUACAGACAUCAGAAAUCGCACAUGGGUGAGAAGCCGUAUUCCUGUCCUGAGUGCGGGAAAUAUUUUUCACAUAAUUCCAGUCUUUCCACACAUCAGAGAUUGCACACGGGGGAAAAACCGUAUUCUUGUCCUGAGUGCGGGAAAUGUUUUUCUGAUAAGUCCAAUCUUUCUACACAUCAAAGAUCUCACACGGGGGAGAAACCGUAUUCCUGUCCUGAAUGUGGGAAAUGUUUUGUACAUAAAACAAACCUUGUCGCACAUCAGAGAUUACACACGGGGAAGAAGCCGUAUUCCUGUCCUGAGUGCGGAAAAUGCUUUUCACAUAAUGCCAGUCUUUCCACACAUCAGAGAUCUCACACGGGGGAAAAGCCUUAUUCCUGUUCUGAAUGUGGGAAAUGUUUUUCACAUAGAUUAAACCUUCUCACACAUCAACGAUUGCACACGGGUGAGAAGCCGUAUUCUUGUCUUGAGUGCGGGAAAUGUUUUUCAGAUAAGUCCAAUCUUAAUACACAUCGGAGAUCUCACACGGGGGAGAAGCCGUAUUCCUGUCCUGAGUGAGGGAAUUGUUCCUCACUGAAGUCCUGUCUUCCUGUACAUCAGAGUCCUACACAACCCUCGAG